ACCUCCAUCAUCAUGCUCGCCCUGGCGCUGCUCGCGCUCCUCGCGCUGCUGCCGCCCAGCCGCGCGUCGACGUGGCUGUGCAAGUGCACCUGCUUCGGCACCAACACAACCAUCCUGCCGCUCAUGGCGCCCGCCGCGGGCAGCGCCGGCGCCGCGGGCCCGUGCAGCAUGUGCACGCGCGCCUUCUGCCUUGAGCACGCCGCCGACGCCUGCCAGGGCGCCACGCUGCAGACGCCCAGCCAGGACACGGGCACGGGCUGGGAGGGCGAGGUGUGGAGCCGCUGCUUCCAGCGCAACUCGUCGAAGGACCAGAGCAUCGUGUCGCUCUAUCUCUUUGUGCUGCUUGCGCUGCUCCUCGUGUCGCUGCUGCGCGGGCGCGUUGCCGGCUGGGUCGAGCAAAUACGCAACCGCGGCCCAUCGGGCUUCGUGCGCGAGGUCGCACAGCCGUGGAUGCGGCGCACAGGCAUGUCGGGCCACUGAGAAGACGGCAGGCUCGGCAAUGUAUUGGUAUCGAGACUGGCACAAGGCUGGACUGCCAGCGCCGAGGUUGCUCUGGACGGAGGACCUACCAGAUGCGCUGGCGCCUCUGCUGCCCGCUAGACCAGACUGCGUGGCCGCAAACUCCAGCGCCUGGUCCAGCCGGAUGGCCUCUGCAGCCUCUGCUUGCCACACCUCGCCUCACCGGCACCGACAGUGUUGUCGCAUCUCUAUUACACCCUCUGACCGUGCCUCUCAAACCUCGGCAAACGCCUCGCGCGUGUGCAUCUGCAUCGCGUCUCCGUCGCCCUGCUCUGCCUCGUCUGGCACGAUCGGCAGCUCCUGGUGCGCGUCCUGGUAGAGCGAGCUCCACUUGGGAAACACGCGCUUGAAGAGCGGCAGCAUGAUCGUGU